AGGUAGUAGCACAGCUAAGGAAAAGGGGAAAAAAUGACGGACUGUGUUGUUUGGCGACCCCUGUGAAAUGGUCGUUCGACCCCAAAUGGGGUCCCGACCCACAGGUUGAGAACCGCUGCUAUCUUUUCCCCACCUGUGGAAACCUAGGGCCCAGAUUCAUCUCUCUGACGUCUUCUGCUUCUCCAGCAGAACAUUCCGAGACCAGCCCUCAAAAGAAAAACAGGCUGGAAAGUUGGAUCGGGAGAAGAGGACUUGCUGAUUAACCGGAGUCUCGUGGGAAUGAGCAAUGAUGGAGAUCAUGGUUGACGCCAGCAAAGAGCAUAUGGGAGCAGGCUCUCGGUGGGUCCUCGACUUACGACAGUUGACCACAAAAUUUCUGGGACGCUUGAUAAGUAAAAUUUGCCCCAUUUUACGACUUUCCUCGCCACGGUUGUUAAAUGAAUCGCUGCAGUUAUUAAACGCUGCUUACCCAGACGCUGCUUACCAUCGUAAUGGGUGCAAUUCAGCUGGGCCCGGAAACGGUUGCCCUGACUGAACCUUUGGAUGGCGAGCGAUGGAGCCAGAAGCUGCUGAGUGCAAUCCCGCCAUCCUUCCCGGCAGGCCAAGUGCAACGUCGUGUGGCCUCCUUUCUCUUGGACACACAACCCGGCUCCUGCCAACACAAGUUUGCCAACAAAGUCAGAUGCCCCAAGGAUGACGGCAAUGUGAAGCACGGUCUAAAGGAAAGAGAAGGAAGAGCGGAAGUUUUAGCCGGAGAGAGUGGUGGCUUUUAGAAUAAUCAUAACAUCCAUGAAAAUUAAAACACACAAGCAGCAGCCGAGAUAUGUAAUAAUACAGUAAUUUAAGGCAGAGUGUGUGUGUGUGUGUCCAACCUUGGCAGACUUGUGGACUACAACCCCCAGAAUUCCCUAGCUAGCCACAAGUCUUCAAGUUGCCAAGACUGGACACCCGUUUUAAGAGAACACCAAAACUAUUAUUUAGCGGAUCGUUGACACCAGGCCUAAAAGGUAUCGGAUCCACUCAAAAUCUCCAAGUCUCAUUCUUUUAUUGACCCUUUGAAAUUUAACCAAGGCCAAUCCUUUUUCUCAGGUCUGCCCCAGCAGUCUUGCCAUUCUCACCUUGGGACAGCCCGAGUGAAGCAAAAGUGCCUUAUGGUCCCCCUCCCUCAUUCUCUAGCUGUGGUUGGGUGAGCCCAAACGGUCCCUUGACGCCCAUCGGUGACGACAGGUGUUUGUUUGGAAGCUGGCUGGCCAUUGGCUGCCCUCCCGUGGGGCUUUUUGGAGCUUAUAGUUUUUCUCUCACGGGGCAAAGGUUCGUUUGGAUUCUCGGUGGAGCAGCCUUGCGACUUUCCAUGGACAGCAGAGAAGGCGCUGCCGCCAGUCCCGAAGCGGACGCCGAAAAGGCCUCCAGGUCCUCGAGUUCAGAUUCUGAUGAAGAAGGGGGGGCUUCAGGCCAGACAGAAAUGGAAUUAUUGCAAAACCUCUUUUCCCGGACUCUGGGCUUUGGCAGUGAGAAGCCCGAGAAGGUGCUGGAGGAACUGACGCUGGAAGGCGUGACCAACUUCAUACUGACCGAGAAAUGCAAGAAUAUAGUCUGUGUGGUUGGUGCAGGGAUCUCGACCAGUGCGGGCAUCCCCGAUUUCCGCUCACCUGGCACGGGGCUGUAUGCCAACCUGCAGCAGUUCAAUCUACCGUAUCCCGAAGCCAUCUUUGAGAUUGACUAUUUCAAGCAAAACCCAGAACCAUUCUUCACCUUGGCUCGGGAGAUUUACCCAGGGCACGUCAAGCCCACCAUCUGUCACUACUUCAUUCGUCUCUUGAAGGAUAAAGGGCUGCUACUGCGCUGCUACACUCAGAAUGUCGACGCCUUGGAGAGGGUGGCAGGUCUGGAUCCCGAACACUUAGUGGAAGUUCACGGCACCUUUUAUACCUUCCAUUGCAUCAGCUCCACUUGCAAGAAACCCUACAGCCUGGAGUGGAUGAUAGAAAAAGUAUUCACAUCUCUCAUCCCCAGAUGUGAAAAAUGUCAGAACAUCGUGAAGCCAGACAUCGUGUUUUUUGGGGAGUUUCUGCCCCCUCAUUUCUUCUCUCUCAUGCAGUCGGAUUCCCAGAAUGUGGACCUGCUUAUUAUCAUGGGCACCUCACUUCAGGUCGAGCCUUUUUCCUCCCUGGUCAGCAGCGUACCUGCAAACACACCACGGCUUCUGAUCAAUAAGGAGAAGACUGGAGAGAGUGAUCCUUCCAUGUCCCUGAUGGGCUUAGGCUGCGGGAUGGAUUUUGAUUCGGAGAAGGCAUACAGGGAUGUUGCCUGGCUCGGAGACUGCGAUGAGGGCUGCCUGGCUUUGGCAGAGCUGUUGGGAUGGAAGGAAGAACUGGAGGAACUUGUGAAAAAUGAACACGCUGUCAUUGAGGCCAAAUCAGGACAGAUUGUGGGUGUCGGGGCAGGUGCUGAUCGGCAACCAGCCAAGAAGCAAGAACAGAAUCCAUCUUUGGAGAAAGAAAAGCCACCUGCAAACAAAGAAGAAUGAAGAGAUUAGAGAAGAUUGAGGAACUCUACUUUUUGAUAAUUAAAAAAACCCACCUCGACACAAACUGGGGAUGCUUGGGGCCUUCUUGUAGCAUCAAAGAUUUUGGGGGAGGUCAUGGAGUUCAAGAUAAAUGUAAUCAAAAAUAGGUCUCAUCGGCACGAUUGAAGCCAUGAACAGCUGAAAUUAUGAUUGAAUUGUUAAUUUAGCAGUAUUUCUUGGAGAUUUCUUUAGAAUAGGGGUGCCCAACUUGGCAACUUUAAGACUUGUGGACCUCAACGCCCAGAAUUUCCAAGGCAGCAUGCUGCCUGGGCAAUUCUGGGAGUUGGAGUCCAUAAGUUGCCAAGAUUGGACACCUCUGCUUUAGAGCCUCUCUUUAUUAGUGUUGGGAGGGUGAGUUUGAUUAAUUUCCAGUUAACUUCAGAAAUUUGUUCUAAUUGCCUUAGAGGAAAAAAUAGACAAAAUGACAUUUGAUUAUAACUUCUGUUCAGCCCUUAUUUAUGGGUCUAUCUACCUACCUAUCUACCUACCUACCUACCUACCUACCUAGGAAAGCGCUUUUGGAGAAGCAUAGUUUGAAGUGUUUCAUUACUGUUGAUUUAUGCAGGUUAGCAGUUUUAACAUUCUGUGAUACUUUUGUUUCCAUCAUUUAUAUGAAGCUGUCAGCUGUGACAAUUAAAUACAAUCAGCUUGAUACCACAA